ACGUGCUGAUUAGUUCAUCACCUUCAUUGUCCGGUUAUGGCGUCUAACAUGCCUUAUUCGUCUAUUGUGAGAACAUGUUACAACUGUGGGGAUCCAGGGCAUUUUGUUAAAUGGUGCCCUCAUCCCAAGCCUGCCAAUCCUCAAUCUGCGAUAGUCCCGUCUCAUGUUCCAUUGUUGACUCUUGCAUCUAAUUCUGUAUCUAAUCCUAAUGUCGUGGCUAGUACUAGCGCGACAGGACAGUUUCCCAGAGGUUUCGGUCGGGGUCAGACAAAGCAGGGAAUGGAUUAUCUAGAGCAUACGCUGGCCGAAAUCAAGAUCAGACAUGAGUCUGAGAUAGAGAAGGAGAAGAAUCUUAAGGCGGAGGAGGAGAAGAACGCAAGGGAGACAGCGGAGGAGGAGAGACGUGAGGCGGAGAAGGGGGAUCGGGAGGAAUUUCGUAAGCAACUCACCGAUUCGAUGAACAUCAGACUGGAUGGAGUUGUUGACCUCCUGCGUAGUAAGGGCGGCAGCAGUGAAGUGGAGGCACUUCGUAGGGAGGUUGAGAGGUUGGGGGGGAGGAACGUACCUGUGGUAGCCUUGACGAGCUCCACUCAAGCAACGAUUCACGAUAACGAUGGAUUGUUGGCAAAGAUGAUGGCUGAACAGGAGCGGAUGAAGAACCAGUUGGAACAGGCUUUGCAAGCCAAACAAUGCUUGGAGGUAAUCGAAAAAGAAAUGAACGAGGUCAUUCGUGCACGUGAUGAAGAUAGGGCUGACGCGGAGAAGUGGCAGCAGGAAGCUUUGUGCCCUGGCAAACGGGGUUGUAUUAAUCUAACCACUCCGGCUGCGAAGACGUUGUUUCGUCCUUCUACGUCGACUCCUCUGAAAUCACCCGUGGCGUCGGUUGACUUGAAGCGGAUUUCUGAUAUGCAUCGACUGAAGGUUGAAACCAUACAGGAGAUGCGUAUUCGCGAUUUCAAUGCCAGGCGGGAGGCGGAGCAAGAUUUGGAGAAAGCCAAGGAGAAGAUCGCCCAGUUGGAGCAUGAGAGGGUGCAAAAAACACCACGGUCCAAUCUGCAUGCCAGGAUGGAGGAAGUCUGUACAACUAAGGGCAAGGGCAAGCAUGCUGUGGAGAAGGCUGUGCCAGAUGACAAGGAGAAGGAAAUGUUUGCUAAAGAAGAAAGGAAGGCUUUACGAGGACUAAUGAAGGAUGCUUUGGUUGAGAUCUGCGAGAGGGAAGGCGUUAAGUAUGCUGGUGUCAAGCAGGCGGUUGACGAUAUUGUUGCGCAUCGUGGUGCUGCUACUAUCGAGGUAUCGGAGGAUCUGGCCGAAGGCGUCAAUGAUAAGGCGUCCGGGGGAGACUCAGUAUCUUAGUAUCUCUCCCGGACGUGACAAUGCUUUGGCGA